GACCUGUCAUUUCAUUUGUGUUGUGAUUUCCGUCCGGACCGCAGUACACCGAUCGCGAAACUCCGUUUAAUUUAUUUUUACAUGUUACCCUGAGAAACGAAUCGGUUAAUUUUCGUCCGUCGACGUUUUACGUUCGUAUUAUGGACGAUAAAACGUCCCUGAAGGAACUAGACCAAUGGAUUGAGCAGCUGAACGAGUGCAAACAGUUGACCGAGAGCCAAGUGAAGUUCCUGUGCGACAAGGCAAAAGAAAUUUUGACUAAAGAGUCUAAUGUACAAGAAGUAAAAUGUCCGGUGACAGUAUGUGGGGAUGUACACGGACAGUUCCACGACCUAAUGGAACUGUUUCGAAUAGGUGGAAAAUCCCCAGAUACAAAUUAUCUGUUCAUGGGAGAUUAUGUUGAUCGUGGCUACUAUUCUGUUGAAACUGUUACAUUAUUGGUUGCAUUAAAGGUACGAUACCGUGAAAGAAUAACAAUUCUUAGAGGUAAUCAUGAGAGUCGACAGAUUACACAAGUGUAUGGCUUCUAUGAUGAAUGCUUACGAAAGUAUGGCAAUGCAAAUGUAUGGAAGUUUUUCACUGACCUGUUUGACUAUCUCCCAUUGACUGCACUUGUUGACGAACAGAUUUUCUGUCUUCACGGUGGGCUGUCUCCAUCCAUUGACACGCUAGAUCAUAUUAGAGCAUUAGAUCGUAUGCAAGAAGUCCCUCAUGAAGGUCCCAUGUGUGAUCUAUUAUGGUCAGACCCUGAUGAUCGUAUUGGUUGGGGUAUAUCACCUAGAGGGGCCGGUUAUACGUUCGGUCAAGAUAUUUCCGAAACAUUCAAUCAUUCGAAUGGUCUGACACUUGUUUCCAGAGCUCAUCAACUUGUGAUGGAAGGUUAUAAUUGGUGUCAUGAUCGCAAUGUAGUGACAAUAUUUUCGGCCCCUAAUUAUUGUUAUCGGUGUGGUAACCAAGCAGCUAUUAUGGAACUAGACGACGGCUUAAAAUACUCAUUUUUGCAAUUCGAUCCAGCACCACGACGCGGCGAACCACACGUCACCCGUAGGACACCAGAUUAUUUCUUAUAAGCUAACAACACCAACUGUGUCUGGUAUCAGCCUACUUUACGAAUGUAUAUUCUAUGUCCAUUAUAGAACCAAUAUUACAUCCAGCACCUCAAAAAUGAUUCCAGAUUGAAAGCAUAUUAUUAUGGAAUUAAUAAGCUAAACAAAGUUGCAUCAAGUAUAAUGGACUCUGACAUAGAAAGAAUUUCAUAAUAUUUUUUAUAAAAUAUGUAUAUUCUUAAGAUUGUAAUUUAAAAUUACAAACCAUAUAAAACUUAACUUUUAAUCUUAACUUAAUUAAUAAUAACUAAAGGAUUUUUACAAAAUCAUAAUUAUAUAAUUUGUAUCCUAAUUUUAUUUUUAAUCUAAUGAAAAUAUAGAUUUUUCUUGUAUCAUUAUUUUCCAUAAAGUAUAAUGGUUCACAAUUUAGAAUUAUUAAUUAUACACUGCAAUUUCCUCCAAUUUAAUUUUGGGAGGUGGUAAGUGUAAAUCUCAAAAUAUUUGAAAUUUGGUAUGUAUACCUUAAAUAGUUUUUAUUUAAAAUAAAAUACCUUAUCAUAUAAAUUAUUAGUUUAAAUUUCUACCUGUAACUUUCUUAUUUUGAUAAUUAAUAUUUAGUAUUAUUUAAAAAAUUUUGAUUUCAAGUGUAAAUUGUAUUAUCAUGGAAAUGCACUAGACAUUGUGUUAACAUUUUCGUGUAGUUAUUUAUUAUUAUUUGAUUUUAUCACAUUAGUUAGAAUUUUAUUGUAUUUUAAUAUCAGAUAAAAUUAUAUUUCUUUUGAAAUAUUCUAGAAAAAAAUUUUUCGUGAGUUGGAAUCCAAUCUACUUGCUUCCAAAAUAAUCUUCCAUAAAUUAUACAUUUACACAUGAAAUACUAUUUUUCAUUCAAUUUUAAUCAACUUAUAUUGAAUAAAAAUAAUUCAUUUUCGACAAUCAAUUAUAAAUCCAGUCAUUUGCAAUAUGCUUACAUGUCAUAAAUGUUUAUUACUACUAGCUAUAUUAAUUUAAACAAACAUUUAAGUGACAUUUUUUUUAAAGUUUUAUAUAACUUAGGUAUUAAUAACGUUUAGGGAAAUAAAAAUUUAUUAUAUUGUUAUUGUUUACUAGUAACAUUAAUCUAAUUUUUUUUUUUUGAACUGUAAAAAAGGCAGACAGAUCUUUCUUUGAUGAACUAAAAAUGUUCAAAAUAUCAAAAUUUAUUCACUUUUAAAAUGAGAAAUAUUAAUUAAAUAAUUUAAAAUUAAAAAAAAUAUUUAUCUGUUGUAUAUUAUAGAUUAUGUUAAGAUGACGUAAAUUAUACAAACCUAUAAGGAAAGUAUGGUUGUUUGUUGACAUGGUUAUGACUUAAUACAUAUGAAUGAUAAAACUUUGUUUAAACAUUUUAAUAUUAUAUUGUUUAGUAUUUAUAAACAAAAUAUAAACAUUCCAUUUAAAUCUUAA